UUAAUUUGUCACCACCAAUUCCAAGAUAAAACCCUCCCACUUGUUCAAUCAAUUCAAUUAUAUAUCUCUACUCAUUAUCCACAACACAAUAACACAGCCAUAGACCAUAGUGUCGUGCUCUUCCCUUUUCCUUCCUUUCUCAACAUUUAUUCAGCUAUGUCUACUAACAAUGAAAAGUUUGAGAUUUUCGUUGGAAAUUUGACUUCUGAUACUGAUGCUGAGAAAUUAACCACGCUUUUUGGACAGGCUGGGACUGUAGUGCAUGCUGAGUUAAUUUCUCUUUGGGAUACAAACCUAAGGUUUGGAAAAGUAACCAUGAGUACCGCUGAAGAAGUUGAGAAGGCUAUAAAAAAGUUCGAUGUCUAUGGAUUAAAUGGAAAACAUUUGACUGUUAGUACGUACGAUCCAAGAAACUCACAACCGGAUCUUCCAAAUCGUCCCCGUGCAUUUGAUUCCGCUUUUAGUGUCUAUGUUUGUAACUUGACACGGGAAACUGACAGUACUCGGUUAGAGGAAAUUUUCAGCAAAUAUGGUAAGGUUGAGAGUAUUGAGUUCGUCACUGAUAGUAAUGGUCGAUCACGUGGUUAUGGCUUUGUUACAAUGUCCAGUAAGACUGAAAUGGAUGAUGCCAUUGCUGCUCUUGACCUUAAGCUGGAUAUGGGAUCAAGAAAAAUGCAUGUUGUUGAGUUACCACGUAACUUGUAAUGUGUGCAAGAAAUAUUUACUUUUAAAGUCUAUGCUGUAUUAUUUCUUAUAAUGGCCGAAGGUUCAAUUUCAACUUUUUUUUGGAAGCUGUUUUAAUAAUUUUGCAAUAUUUACAUAUAUUUGAUAAUGAUUUUUGAGCAA